GUCGCCAUGGCCGAGCGACUUGCCAGCUAUGGGGUCGUAUUGCUCUUAGUCUGUGUGGUGACUUCAUUCUGCACUGCGCACCAAGUGCUCGAAGAGACGUAUUGUCCCCUCUGCAAUAUGGUGGUCAUUCCCGAACUCAACCAGACGUGGGAGGGCAACCAAGCCAUUUACGGCUGCGAGAUGGCUGGGCACAUGGACCUCCUUCGCACACUCCCCGAGUCUAUCCUGCGGUCACCUGAGGUCGUUGACCCCCAUCACUUGCCCGAACCCUACGCGAGCGCCGGCGUCGCGUGCCCAGUCUGCGGCAGCCCACACGUGCACGUCUCCAUGUCGUGGGGGUACCAAGGCAACCAAAAGCUCUUUGCUUGCUCGGAAGCCCAUGCCAAACUCAUCAAGGCGCAGCCGUCGGCGUACUACACCGUCAAAGCGCCCAGCACGCGUGAGACGCCGCUCUGCGAACACUCGACCGUCAUGUUUGACGGCUUCCAGUCCUUCGUCGGCUCGUCCUGCCCCAAGUUGUUUCUGCCGACAUGGGUUCUCUCGAGCGAGCUCAAGUACGCGCUCGGUUUUGCCCUUGUCGUGUUGAUUGGCAUUCUUGUCGAGUGGCUCGGCGAAUUCCGCGAAGAUGUGGAGAAGCGUAUGCUGCAUCACUAUGCAGCGUACGAGGCCUGCCGUCAAGCCACGCCUAGCCUUCCAACGUCCAAGCGACCAUCGACCCCGCCAGUUCGAUUACCGCUCUGGUGCGAGAUCGUUUUGAGCGUGCUCUACAUGUUAGCGCUGACGCUCGGGUACCUCCUCAUGCUCGUCGCAAUGUUGUACGAGACAGGUCUCUUUGUCGCCGCGAUCCUCGGUCUCGGCGCCGGCUUUUACCUCUUUAAAGACACGGAGCAAGCCGAAAUGUCGGGCAACAUCGACCCGUGCUGCUCGACGUGAAGUCAUUUAGCGACUAAGUUAUAUACACCUACUUGCAC